AUGUCUCUGCAGGAGAUGCUCUCAGCCGCCGUCGCCGUAGACCUAGGCGGGUCGAGCUCGGACGCUCCGGAUAUCAUCGACCCAGAAGACGACACAGCGCAGCACCAGGCUUAUCUCAAGUCUUUGCCGUAUCCUUGCGAGACAGAUGAACAGAUCCUGGCAAAUCUUGAGUUUAUAUUAGGUCGCGUCGCCAUCUGCGCGGAGACCAAGGACUUCAUGACGCUUUCGACUUGGGACGCCGUAUUGGAGUGCUGGCUUUUGCUUCGGUAUCCGAUGCCGAAGCCCCUUCGCGCGAAGCUCGUUCGUCUCUACUUCGAGCUGGCCAUCUUGCCGGGGAUUGCACCCCGCGUUGUGCGCGGAUGGAUCGACAUAAUCUCUCGGCUGCUGUCUCCCCGCUCGGACGGCCGGAGGAGGCUUGAGAUAGAGGAUCUGCGACUUCCCUGGCGGCCACUUUGGCGUGUCUUGAGAAGAGAAGUACAGAUCAAGAGUCGUUUACAUGAUGCUAGCCGUCCUAUGGCCGGCCUCUACAUCAACUUGGCGGAAUAUUGCAGGCGUUACUUCUCUAGCGACUCGGCUGUGCAGGAAAUGCUUGACGAGUUUGUGCCGCUGUUGAAGCAAGAGAUGAUCCCCACGACCGCAUCCAUCUUGAUCUCCUUUCUACCUUUGGACAAAGCCAACGCCUACUUGCCCGCUCUGUUCAAGAUAUGGGAGGUCACUAACUCCACCAUCCUGGACGAUCGCAUGGUGGAACUUAUUGGUGCGCUAUCACAAGAACAUGUCGCCGCGGAUGGCUCUAUCGAGGGUGAUGUUGUUUGGAAGGACGUCGGUAUGUGGACGCAUGCCCAGUGGCGCACGGUGGCGAACAAAGCGCUGGGCAGUGUUAAUGUUCCUGUUGGCGCUUCCAAAGGUGCAAGCACAACUGGCCAUUAUGCAGAUAUCCGAUCGGAUGCGUCCGUGGCCCUCGUCAAGAAGCCUGUCAAUCGAUUCGGCUCUCUUGCCCAAGCCUUCAUCUACUCCAUGGCCGAAGAUGGCCCUCCCCGCAGCGUUGCUUCUGCUACAGAUUCGCCAGGAGCUGGUGCUUCGGCGGAUCUCGUUGCUGGCUGCAAAGCCUUGGACUCUCUCGCCAGGCUUAUCCAUUCCACAGAGUCUUUCUUUCAUCCUUCUAAUUCGGGUGUAUGGACCAUCGCGCUGACGUCGCUACUGGCUUCCUUCGCCACCGUGUUCCAGCAGCGUUGGAAAGAGGAACAGUCUCCCGAAUGCAAGACACCGGCCCAUCGGCGCCUUACCAACGGCAUCAAGCGCGCCUUUGUUGAGAUCUUGCGCACUCCGGCUCUACUUGCUAUGUUCUCCAAGGACCCUAUCUCAAUGGGACUCGCUCAGUCUGCUUUGCGUGGUCUCGCGAUCUUGGAGCCCAAGCUAGUGAUGCCAGACCUACUGGAGCGAGCUUACGGCGGACUAGAGUCGGUCAAUGAAACGCAUAGGACGACUGCAGUACUAUGCCAGAUGACUGCAAUAGCACCUCUCCUGGCAACCGAGGCGCUUUACGUUGGUGGUCAACGUCAUAUCCUGCCGCUGCUCGAGCUCUGCCUACCUGCGAUAGACUUGAACGAUCCGACGAAAACGAUCUAUAGCUCAACUUUCAUCGCAGAGAUCGCCGCACGAAUCCAGUUCAGGGAUAUCUCUGCGGUGCCCUUCAGUGCAUCGGGCGCCGUUGACCAGCCUCCCACGGAUGUCGACGAUGACCUUCGCUUGCCGGACACGUCAAUGCCCGUUCUAUCGGUUCAAGAGGAGAGAGCAUUGGCGAGGGAGAGCACCGCUGGGUUUGCAGAGUGGUUGAUUGCGUUCAUUCACCGCGUGUUGGCCUUGUACGAGAACCUACCCGAGGAAGGCGGCAAAUCGAACACCAUCGGCGGUCGCUCCGAGGACGCAGUCGUGAAAUCGUUGAAGGCUGCCGUGGAACAAGUCAGCCAGCAGCUCAGUGACGAACUCUUCGACCUUUGGCUUCGCGUCCUCUACGACUACGCUUGUACUAACGCGAAAUCGAACUCCGUGAGAGCUUUCGGAGACCUGAUAUCCUGCCUCGCCCGGCGCGACAGCGUGAAGACGGCGAACAAGUUUAUUCCACUUUGCGUGCAGAACAUCAAGGAGGAGCUCAAGCAUGGUGCUUCAAGCUCACGGUCAACAUCGAGUGCGGCUGCUGCGCCGAGCGACACUACACUCCAUUGGUAUAUCAGCAUUCUACGGGGCUGUCUCAUGACGUCCGGGAGUCACUUACUGACUCAUAAGGCCGCCAUACUGGACGUGCUCUCGGAGCUUCACGAGAAAACGUUCAGCGAGCGUGGCUAUGACGCAACAGGGCGGCUUCUGUUCAGACUCAUGAUUGCGCUCAUCGGCACUCACCCAGUAGAGAGCUAUUCGGCCAACCCUGACGAAUGGCAUGGCGCCAACUUCGGCAACGAGCAAUGGGGACGCCUAUAUAAGUGUGAGGAUGUUGUGGUCAAUUGGCACACGCCAUCUGAGGACGAAGUGGACAUGGUCCUUGAGAUUCUGAACAAACUCGUCCAGCCAGCUCUGGACCGCGUCGAGGAUCUCAUCAGCAACGCGCAGACAUGGACAAAUGUUGAGCGCAACGACUUCUGUCGCAAUCUUGAGUUCUGUCGGUAUGCAUGGGCAGGGCUCCCGGCACUGCGCAAGGAGGGCUCAAAGGAUACUGUCUGGUCAGGUAUGAACGCUGAAGCAGAGGUGGAAGGACUCGUUGUUACCCCAGUGUUGCCUAACGCUGGCUUCGCGCUCACGGAGGCUUCCGACUCGCGUUACAAGAUAGCAGUGUCUCAUCGCACCAAGUACUGCGAUGUUUUGCACCGCGCAGUUGGUGCUCUUAAUCAAAGCCGCGCCGAAGGUGAAGAUCAUAUCGACGCCAUCUCUCUGCUUGCGAAAUCCAUUGAGACGUGCCUGUCCGCAUAUGGGAUGCUGCACACGACGUUCACGGCCCUUGAUAAGGCCUAUACACGUCUACGGGAUUCAAGCCGCAUCUGGCCAAAGGACCAAGUCCAGCUUCGACCCCAAGCCAUCCGUCGUGCCCACCUCCAUCACGCUUGUCGCUUAUACCUCAACGGUUUCUAUCGGCGCCGCGGAGCAGUCGAGGACGGCCUCAUCAAGGAUCUCGCCAACCUCUGCCUUAGUCCAUAUGUGCGUGUACGCAAAUCGGCUCAAGGUUCUCUUCAUCGCGUCUGCUCGAUCUACAUCCGGUCCACGAGGAUGGUCCUUCCCAUCAUGUACUCCGCUCUCGCGCGUGGUACAGACCCCGACAGGAUGAAGGGCGCGCUAUAUGUGAUCUUAAAUAAGGGGUUUGCCACGUAUGCCAUUGCUGACUCCAAGGACCCUCUAUUCUAUGGACAACAUCUUCUCGUGAUCUUGCAGUGCCAGCAUGAAGAGAAGCCCUCGGUACAGCAACUUGUGACUUCUCUCGCUAAGGAUGCGCCCGCCUACCUGGAUGAAGAGGCUUUGCGUACAGAUGGUUAUCCGGACGAUAUCCCCGGCGUGCGCCAAGUUCUUCAGGACCUGAGCGCUCAUUUCACCCCCGCAUACAUCGACCAGGCGAUCUUAUCCGAGGCUCAAAUCAAGAGCUCUGUCCGUGUCAUCCAGAAAGAGAAGAGGUACAAGGAGACCAUCGCUAGCAUCGUAGACAUUGCCACACGGCCAACGACACACUGGAGAUAUGUGAGCUUUGCGCUCAAGUUCCUGCGCGGUCUUCUUCGGCGCGACGCUCCUCCAUCCGCGGAUGUCGCCCGAUUGUUCAUGAAACAUACGACCAGCCCGCACGCGAGCCUCAGAAAUAGCGCACAGAAGGGUGUCGUGAAGUUGACAGCGUUGAUCAAGAUACGGUCAUACGCGAAAUCAAAUGAAGAGCUUUGGCUUCAUGAGUACUCUAGCCCCCUCUCUUCGGCCGUGCGCAUCCAGUCUGAUGGCGAAUAUCAUGACAUCGUCCACCGCAACAUCGAUCCGGCUGGGCAGGAAGCGAGCUAUAUUGAUAAGGUCAUGUCCGGCUGGCUGGUAUGGCACCCUCGCGGUAUCAAGGCGUACAAAUCUGUAGCAGAAAGCGAAGCACCAAUUGAAUGGGAGGCGGCAUCGCGACCUGCUGUUCGCGUGAUCGAGGAGACCGUCAACAUCGACUAUGUAACAGCACUGAUGGAUAUUUACGGACAAGAAUCUGCACGGGCUUCCGCGAAGCCCGACAUUCGCGCGGACCAUGUCAACUUCACCAAGUCUCUUGCCAAGACUCUGCAGGGCAAUGGGCUACAGCAGACGCUGUCAGCUGUUGAGACCAUGCUUUUCGAUAUUGAUCGCUUCAAGCAGCGUGCUGGGUUCGAGUUCCUGGCAGGAGUUACGCGCGGCUCGAAACACUGGCCGAAGCAAUAUCGCGACGCACUCUGGUCAUGGGCCGUCGGAAUCUACCCGAAGAUAUACUCCCAGAUCAAGCCCGAUACCAUUGCUCUGUUUGAGUCCUGCCUCUCCAACCAACUGCAAGGCCGCGAUACACGGCGUCUACCAGAGCUCAUCUCCUGGAUCGAAUCUCUAUACACGGAUGACCUGCAGAGCGAGUCAGCAUUCGAAAUGGCGAAGACUAUGACAGUCCUCGGCUGUUACUUGGAUUACGCCGGACACCAGGAUUUGAAUGCAGUGGACAAGCAGUUUGAGCUAUAUUAUGCCAAUGUCAACCUAACAUACGCUGAGCUUCGCGUGACCAUUGCGGAAAGCCUCCAUACAUGCAUUCUACAUCGUUGGCGACCAGGUUACUCUUCUACCUCGGCAUUCCUCGACGCUUGUGUAACCCUCGAAGAUCCUCUUCGUUCUCGCGAUGUACCUUACGCUGCUCGAAUAGUCCAACUCUCUGACAAACUCACCGCCUGGCGUGGAGAGCGUUUGCCUCCGCCGCGUGUUGCUCAGUCAGAAUACGACAAAGUUUCCCUAUGCCUCUUACGGUUCCUAUGGAUCGCAUUCUACAGCAGCAACGCUCCCAUAUACUACUCUUUCGCUCUCCCACUUCUUUCCCAGUUUUUGCGCACGGGCAUGACUGAGCUUGGCGACAACCCUGAGCUGCAAACACAUAGCCAAGCUGUGCUCUACAUCAUCGCUGCUGUAGCCCCGCCCCGAACCUCAAUCGUAGACGAUGUGUUGUCGAUCUUCAUUGACGCUUGCAAGACCUCCGAGUCGUGGCGGACGCGUUUACACACGCUCAAACCCCUUAUGGUCUUUUUCUACCGUAAUCUUCUGAGCGUCAAUGAGGCGACGCAGCAGCGCGUCAUGGACCUGUUGCUCGAUUGCCUCGCGGAUGACAAUGUCGAAGUGCGUGAAACGGCGAUGAAGACGCUCUCAAGCGUUGUGCGCGUCUCCCAACGUCAGAGUAUCGGGCCCCUUUUGGAUCGCUUCAAGAAGACCAUCCGCAGGACGAAGCUACCGGCACGUUCGAACUCGGGAUACGCAGAUGCCUUGCGCACGCUGCAUUCUGCGGUUCUUGGUAUAUGCGCGCUCAUUGAGAGUGUCCCGUAUUCCGUCGAGAAGUGGAUGCCGCCUCUCACGGACGUACUAGCCGCUCACGCUACCGACCCUCCGCCCAUUUCGACUACAAUCAGGAAGACCGCGUCGGAGUUCAAGAAAACGCACCAGGACACCUGGUUCCAUGAUCAGCUGGCCUUCACGGAGGAUGAACAACAGAACCUAUCGACAAUGCUCGUUGGGACGUCAUACUACGCAUAG